AGGCCUCCUCUGCCUGUGUGCGUUACGUUUGCGUGUCUGUGUGCGUGUGAGUGCAGGGCGGGGGUCCGGCCUCCAUUUUGACCGGGGUGUCUGCAGCAGCUGUCCACUGGCACGCGAGCAGCAGCGCCGCGGCGGUGACACGGGGGCUUCACCAGUCGACUGCAGUCGGACCCAGGCGCCGCUCCGCUCCGCUCCGCUCCCACUGCCUCCGGCCUCCACCAUGGCGGACCAGUACCAGUACAACACCAACGAGGAGAAGAUCGUGAAGGACAGCCACACCAAGGAGAUCGACCUCAUCAACAGAGACCCCAAGCAGAUCAAUGAGGACGUCGUGAAGGUGGAGUUCGAGGACGUGAUCGCCGAGCCCGACGGCACGCACAGCCUGGACGGCGUGUGGAAGCUCAGCUACACCACCUUCACCGUCUCCAAGUACUGGUGCUACCGCGUCCUGUCCGCCGUCUUCGGCAUCCCCGUCUCCCUGCUCUGGGGCUUCCUGUUCGCCUGCAUCUCCUUCUGCCACAUCUGGGCCGUGGUGCCCUGCAUCAAGAGCUGCCUGAUCGAGUCCCAGUGCGUGAGCCGCAUCUACUCCCUCUGCAUCCAGACCUUCUGCGACCCCUUCUUCGAGGCCCUGGGCAAGAUCUUCAGCAGCGUGCGGGUGGCGCUGCGCAAGGAGGUGUAGGAGCUCCGGCGGCAGCGCGCGCAGUGUCGGACGGAGUGGCGUCUUUUAGGUAUUUUUUACAGCAGGACUUCAGCCUCUGCCUUUUAACUGCUCCUCGCCCCCCCCCCCUUCGCACCGCUGCUCCCCACCCUCCUCAUCCUCCAGCCCUCUGUCCUGACAUGUCCGCCGCGCCUCGCGCCACCAGACGCCCCGUGACAGCUGCAACGGACAGCGUGGUUCCGUGACAGCUCUGGCGCCGGAGGCCUCAGUGCUCCGCGCUUGGGGAGAGGAGGAGCAGCUGCCGCGAGGAGGAUCCGUCCGCCCGCACUGACUCGUACCCGCGCGGCUGCUGGAUCACGACAGAUCCGACGAACGCCUCCGUCGGGGCCGACGCACCCGUGGUCGCGUCCCGUUCGGCUCCUCCUAAUCCCCGCCUUGAUAUCGAUGCUGUAUGUUGCUGUGUCCGGUCUGGUUUAAGUUUGUAUGGAUUGAAAUGGAUUUGGGAAAAACAUGUAUACUCUGUGGAGGAUUGUUGAAUUUCUCUAUGACAGUUUGCUUCUCUUAGUGUUUUUAGAGACUUUUUAUGAGUGAAAUCUUGAAAAUAAAUCUUAUUUGCAUAUUUCAGCUAAAAGUUUACUGAAGUCAUGUUGUAGACAUGUCAGUCACUUACUGCUAUUGACGACCUGCAAGAUGGGAAGGCUAAAACCCAUAAUAUAGUAAAUAUAUUAAUAUAUAGUCUAUAAUAUGUUAUACACCUUUGAGUUUAGCCCACUGAGACGCGUGAUCAGGGAUACGACCCUCCUCAGGUCCCUGGUGUAUCUGUGUUCAUCAUGAAUGGUUUAGUGGUAACACGUUUCAAACUGUUUAACCUGUGUGUAAGUGCUAAUAAAUACUACAUUUAAAAAGUC